UAGUAGUAGACUAGGAGGCGGCGGCGGGGCGGGGAGGAGGGGAGGGAGGCAGAUGCGGGAGGCCCCCCGCGGGGUCGCCGGACCAGAUGGACACGCCGGAUAGGCCCCGCGCCGGCGCCGCCGCCGCCGCCGCCGGGUUCGAGGAUUCUCCUGUCUUUAAUUUCAUCAACAAUCUCUCGCCUAUACCGCCACCUAAACCUUCAGAAACAGCACAUAAUGUGCAGCUAUUCAAGUCGUUGGACUUGGCACCUGUUUCUUCAAUCUUUGCUUCACCACAUGUCAAUCCAGCAAAGGAACCUAAAAUUCUGAUCAGGGAUGAUUCUAUUCAACUUCCUCAAGAUUUGCACUCACCUAACAGUGUCAGGACGCGUGUAGGAUCCACAAUCACUUUUAGAAUGAUCAGAUGUAGAGACAUUGUGUCAGAGAAUUGCAACAUCAACUGUCGCCUAAACGAGGCUCCUAUUGAUCCUUCGGACCAUACAUCAAACUCUGAGAGUCAACUGCCUCAAUCCAUGCAGAAUGGUGUGGGCAGUGUUGAAAGUGACAAGGAUCAAUGUGCUGACGGUAAAACAGACCUUACCAUAUCUCAGGAGUGUACGGACCUAGAAGGUAUGAACCUUGAUGAGAGUGGCCCAGACAAAAUGGAUCCGUCACAUUCCAGGAUGGAUCUUCAUGAAAGCCAGCUUUCUGAACAGAAUAAGGAUGAGCCCGCAGCGUAUAAUGGGGAUUACAUGAUUGCAAAUCAACCAAAUAGUGAUAUGCUGACAUUAAGUUUGCCAUUUGGAACAGAAACACAGUCAGUGAAUGAUACACAGGAAGCUGAUAACUCCAACUCUGCUAAAUCCUUGUUGAAUGAAGAACCAAACUAUUAUAUCCAAAAUUCUGCGCAUGAGCCUCAUCUUUACUGGACUGGGGCAGUGGAAGGGGCAGCAGUGGAUUAUACCCCUCAAGCGCUCCCUGGUGCAUUGCAAAGUCAGUUGAUGCCAUGCAACAAGCUCAAUGAUCCCCGAGAUUACAUGCCAACAGAGCAAAAUGGCUUGUCACAGCAUUUACGUGGCACGCGUAGGCGCAGCCUUUUCAAUGAAAAGGCUGGGGCUAGUAAUAAAAGUGUAGAUAAAGCUUCAGAUCGUCGUUCUGUAAAUUCAACUACCCCCAAAUGCAAAACUAUUCCUGGUGACAUCAACUCAAAGCCUCUGAGAACCCCUCCAUGUGCAUUGCCUGGUAUUGGCUUGCAUUUGAAUGCCCUUGCUGCGAUACCAAAAGAAAAAAUAGUCUCUCGAGACAUCCUAUCUAAUAUAAAUGAAUCCAGUAAUUUGCCAUGCCCUGCUGGAUCUUCUCCACCACCUUCUGAACAAAACAUUAUAAAUGACGAUUUUGCUCAAAGAACCGAUGUUGCGAGCGCUGAACCUUCUAGUCAGGGUAGUCCCAAGAAGAAAAGGCACAAGUUUGACAAUGGUGAUGGUACCUCAUGCAAGCGUUGUAGCUGUAAGAAGUCAAAAUGCUUGAAACUUUACUGUGAAUGUUUUGCGGCUGGAGUAUAUUGUUCUGAACCUUGUACAUGCCAAGGCUGUCUAAAUAACGAGAGUCAUAUGGAAACGGUUCUAUCUACACGACAGCAGAUUGAAUCUCGCAAUCCAUUAGCAUUUGCUCCUAAAGUAAUUCACACAUCUGAGCCUGGCCUGGAAUUAGGGGACUUCAACAACAAAACUCCUGCUUCAGCUCGUCAUAAAAGAGGGUGCAAUUGCAAGAAGUCGUCGUGUCUAAAAAAAUAUUGUGAAUGUUUUCAGGGCGGUGUGGGAUGCUCCAUAAGUUGCAGAUGUGAGGGCUGUAAGAAUGCUUUUGGAAGAAGGGAGGGGGUUGCUGUGUUAAGCAUAGAGGAGCCUAAGCAGGCAUCAGAAGAAAACAAUGCUUGUGUGAAAGAAGAAAAAUGCGAAAUCGAUAAACAGCUGGUUAUCUACCAAGCUACUGACCUUGCUCCUGCUGAGAAUUUACUGACAACACCUUCAAUGGUGGAGUGCAGGCCCUUGGCUUGUCUUCCACCCCCAAGCUCCAAGAAACCAAGCUCCAAGAAGCCACGAUCCUCGACAAAACUUGUUGGACAUCCUUCUCGGCUGUGCAACUCUCAAGCUCCUCUGAAGACUGAUAUUCUGCUCUCCCAAUUCGGAAACUAUGCAGAAAUGGUUCUUGGAGAUAGCACAUCAGAUACCCUAAAAGGGAAUUCAUCUCCUCAAACUUCUGUUAAGGUUGUGUCUCCUAAUAAGAAGCGAGUCUCUCCACCACGUAUGGGUACUGGACUGUCUCCAAUCUGUAAGAGUGGCAGGAAACUGAUUCUCAAGUCCAUACCUUCUUUCCCUUCCCUUGGUGGUGACUUAAACAAUGAGGAUCCAAAGAGCAAGACACCAGCACCUUGAGAAUUUUGUGAUCGUCUGGCACUUGUGGCUCAUCCUAUCGGUUCCUGAGAUCCCCUACCGGCCAACUGCAUCAGAACUAUUUCUAUCAUACUCUAUUGAUGAACAACCAAGCAAGUUUCGUUUCUCCCAUUCUGUUUAGAGCUUGAUCAACCAUUUUUACAUACUGUUGAAUAAUCCACUGCCUGCUGUCCAAAGUCCCUCCCUCCAGAACCAUCUGUGGCAUUUGGUCUGCUGGUAAAUUAUGUUGAGGCCUCGAUGCCCGCUGCUGUCUGUCUGUAUAAUUUCAUGUUAUUUAUGUUCCAGAGACCCAAAGCUAUUUAAGACUUCUAUGUAACUGGGAGCAAAAUGUGAGAACUUCAUGUUGCUGAUAACAAAACUGUUAAAGACUUAUUUAUCUGAGGUUAAACUGUUAA